AUGUCACCCGCCCAACCUCACCUUCCAAAUAGCCAAGAGGAGGCCGCCUUGGAUAGUGAUCUCUCCUUGAAUCAGCUUGUCCUUGAGCGAAGCCAAACUGCCACCAAGACUGCGGAAGACAUCAAGCAGGAAGAGCUACUCAGACGAGCAGCAGAAGAAAAGAAAAAUAAUCACAAUGUUGGCGCUGUUCCGGCACCUGCAGUUGUUAGACGUCAAUAUGCCAAUACAAGGAAGAAAGCACCUGAUACUGUUACCACUAAAGCAGUCGGUACGAACACUACUGAGGAUGAUGAUCAAAGGCAAAAAGACGAGCUUGCCCUUUUGAGAGUUGUAGCUGAGCGAUCUGCCGCUGCCAGGAGAGAAGAGGCAGAAUUGGCAGAAAGUGCUAGCAAGAGCAACAACCCUGAGGAGGUUGGAACGCAAUCUUUCAAUCCUGGUGAUUAUGUUUCUGAAAAAGGGGAUUCCGUCAAUCUCAUGGCCAUUGUUGCGCAAAGAAGUGUUGCUGUUGCUGAUGAUGCUACACCCAACAUGACGGCAACAGCAGAUAAUAUGGCUCCUCCUGAUGCUGCUGGCAAUGCUGUUGCAGUUAAUCCUGCAUCAAAUCUAGCUGCAGGCAUUGACUAUGACCACCAAACUGGGCGUCCGAUGACCAAGCACAGCCUACCACCAGGCUCUGUUACUCCUGGUGCUUAUUCAGGAGCACCAGGUGCCAACUAUCAGGCCGUGGAACCAGUGAGGUUGGACGUGUUGGGACCAUCUUCUCAGCCAAUGCAAGAGACACCACCAGGACAAAUAGAAGAGGCAGAAGUCAAUACUACUACCAAGACUUUGGAGGAUAAGAAAAGAAAUCCAGUGAUGAUGGGGGUGGCAAUUGCUGUACUGGUGUUAGUUAUCAUUCUGGCCAUUGCCAUUCCACUUGCUGUUGGAGCGGCAAAUGGAGAAUCCCAAAAAAUGAAGAACAACCAAGAAAGCAGUAUCGAUAAGGCGCUACUUUCCAAUGCCCCUAAUUCCACGAGGGAAUCCAUUGCUAAUGAUCAAGAAUCACCACAAUUCAAAGCAUAUGCCUGGUUGACUCGUGAUCCCCACCUAGCAACCUAUGAAGUGUGGCAACAGGAACAGAGAUUUGCUUUGGCCACCUUCUACUACGCAUGUGAUGGCCCUAAAUGGACGUUCAAAUAUCUUCAAGCCAAAAAUGAGUGGCUUAGCUAUGAAACCAAUGAAUGUGGGUGGGGUGUCUCCCGCAUAGGCGCCAUAGUGAAUGAUGUGUAUUGUUCCUCUGGUGAUCGUGUGACAAAUAUCAAAGUGUCAAAACAGAGAGGUUUCAAGGGAUCAGUUCCAUUGGAGCUAUCAUUGCUUGGAAGCUUGAAAGUAUUGGACUUGUCUGAUAACAUUAUGGCCAACCACAUGGCAGAUCUGCUGCCAAUCCAUGAGUCAAAGCUUUUCCAGUCCCUGGAAGUGUUCCGUUGCAUUAACUGCCGUCUAGAGGGAAGCCUACCUCCAGAGCUAUUUGACUGGACCAAUCUCCAAGUCUUGGACCUGUGCAACAACCAGAUAGCUGGCCCUCUCCCUUUGGAAGUUGGUUCGAUGGCAGCUUUAGUAGACUUGGACUUGGGCCGCAACCAAUUUGUGGGAGAGGUCCCAUCUGAGGUAGGGCGGUUAACAGCAUUGACUUCCUUGGACUUGAGCCGCAACCAAUUCAUGGGAGAGGUCCCAUCUGAGGUAGGGCGGUUGACAGCAUUGACUUCCUUGACUUGA